CGAUCCCUCUCCUCCCGUCAACGCCGCCCUGCACCACCGCCACACAUGGAAGCAGACGGCGGAUGUUCACCCACCUCCAGCGGUGAAAAGAGAAAGAAGAGGGAUACCAAAAGCAAUAACCAGCUUCUUCACGUCGACAAACCCUACAGAGGGAUAAGGAUGAGGAAGUGGGGAAAGUGGGUGGCUGAGAUUCGUGAACCCAACAAGCGUUCACGUAUCUGGCUCGGUUCCUACUCCUCCCCCAUCGCCGCCGCCCGUGCCUACGACACCGCCGUCUUCUAUCUCCGUGGCCCCUCUGCCCGUCUCAAUUUCCCAGAAUCCAUCGGAGAUGAAGGAUACCUCCACGACCUAUCUGCUGCUUCGAUCCGAAAAAAGGCGACGGAAGUAGGAGCUAAGGUGGACGCCCUCCAGAACCAGAACGGCGGCCCAAACGGCCACCACUCGCCGUCGACGGAAUCAUACUCGGGUCGGGUUUGUUUGAACCCGGACCUUAACGAGUACCCAACUCCAGAAACUUCAGACGAAAAUUAAGGGAAUGAAGCCUAUUAACUUGUUGAUAAAAAAGAUCAUCAGUUUCUAUUUCUAAAAGAUGAAUAUAUAGCUUCAUAGAUAUAUAUAUAUAUAUAGAGAGAGAGAGAGAGAGAGAGAGAGAGAGUGAUUAAUUAGAGAGGUAGAGAUGCAUAAUCCGAAGGGAUUACACAUGUUCAUCUUAUUAAUUAUUAUUGCUAUAUAUGGCUUUCUUGAU